GGGCAUCGAGGGCGCAUGCGCGAGGGCAACUCCCGCGACUCAUCUCCGCAGAGCUGAGGCGGGAGCAAGCGAGUGGCCUAGCUGGGCGCGCUUCCGGGGCUCGCGACCACUUCCCCGCUUCCCGUCCGCUCUUCCCGCAUCAUUUGUCUCGGUGGGUUGAUUCAAGACAAACCGUCCGACCCAGGACCCUGUGCGCUUGUCGCAGGGGCAGCAUUCGCCCCCGCGUUUGCUUGGAGGGACGCUGGAGGAGGUGACGCAGCUAGGGACUCGAGGUCCGCCGUGGGAAUGAUCCACGAACUGCUCUUGGCUCUGAGCGGGUACCCAGGGUCCAUUUUCACCUGGAACAAACGGAGUGGCCUCCAGGUGUCGCAGGACUUCCCAUUUCUCCACCCCAGUGAAACCAGCGUCCUGAAUCGACUCUGCCGACUCGGCACAGACUAUAUUCGCUUCACGGAGUUCAUUGAACAGUACACGGGCCAUGUGCAGCAACAGGAUCACCAUCCAUCUCAGCAGGGCCAAGGUGGGUUAUAUGGAAUCUACCUGAGGGCCUUCUGCACAGGGUUGGAUUCGGUUUUGCAGCCCUAUCGCCAAGCACUGCUUGAUUUAGAACAAGAGUUCCUGGCUGACCCUCAUCUCUCCAUAUCACAUGUCAAUUACUCCUUAGAUCAGUUCCAGCUCCUUUUUCCCUCUGUGAUGGUUGUAGUAGAACAAAUUAAAAGUCAAAAGAUUCAUGGUUGUCAAAUCCUGGAAACAGUCUACAAACACAGCUGUGGCGGUUUGCCUCCUGUUCGAAGUGCACUGGAAAAAAUCCUGGCCGUUUGUCAUGGAGUCAUGUAUAAACAGCUCUCAGCCUGGAUGCUGCAUGGACUCCUUUUGGACCAGCAUGAAGAGUUCUUUAUCAAACAGGGUCCAUCUUCUGGUAAUGUCAGUGCCCAGCCAGAAGAGGAUGAGGAGGAUCUGGGCAUUGGGGGACUGACAGGAAAACAACUGAGAGAACUCCAGGACUUGCGCCUGAUUGAGGAAGAGAACAUGCUGGCACCAUCUCUAAAGCAGUUUUCCCUACGGGUGGAGAUUUUGCCAUCCUACAUUCCAGUGAGGGUUGCGGAAAAAAUCCUAUUUGUUGGAGAAUCUGUCCAGAUGUUUGAGAAUCAAAAUGUGAACCUAACUAGAAAAGGGUCCAUUUUGAAGAAACAGGAGGACACUUUUGCUGCAGAGCUGCAUCGUCUCAAGCAGCAGCCGCUCUUCAGCUUGGUGGAUUUUGAGCAGGUGGUGGAUCGUAUUCGUAGCACUGUGGCUGAGCAUCUCUGGAAGUUGAUGGUAGAAGAGUCAGAUUUACUGGGUCAGCUGAAGAUCAUUAAAGACUUUUACCUUCUGGGACGUGGAGAACUGUUUCAGGCCUUCAUUGACACAGCUCAACACAUGUUAAAAACACCACCCACUGCAGUAACUGAGCAUGAUGUGAACGUAGCCUUUCAACAGUCGGCACACAAGGUGUUGCUAGAUGAUGACAACCUUCUCCCUCUGUUGCACUUGACAAUUGAGUAUCAUGGAAAGGAGCACAAAGAUGCUACUCAGGCAAGAGAAGGGCCUUCUCGAGAAACUUCUCCCCGGGAAGCCCCUGCAUCUGGCUGGGCAGCCCUAGGUCUUUCCUACAAAGUACAGUGGCCACUGCACAUUCUCUUCACCCCAGCUGUCCUGGAAAAGUACAAUGUUGUUUUCAAGUACCUACUGAGUGUGCGCCGGGUGCAAGCCGAGCUACAGCACUGCUGGGCCCUACAGAUGCAGCGCAAGCACCUCAAGUCCAACCAGACUGAUGCGGUCAAGUGGCGCCUAAGAAAUCACAUGGCGUUCUUGGUGGAUAAUCUUCAGUACUAUCUCCAGGUAGAUGUGCUGGAGUCUCAGUUCUCACAGCUGCUUCAUCAAAUCAAUUCUACCCGAGACUUUGAAAGCAUCCGGUUGGCUCACGACCACUUCCUGAGCAAUUUGCUGGCUCAGUCCUUUAUCUUGUUGAAACCUGUGUUUCACUGCCUGAAUGAAAUCCUGGAUCUCUGUCACAGUUUUUGCUCGCUGGUCAGUCAGAACCUGGGCCCCCUGGAUGAGCGUGGAGCCGCUCAGCUGAGCAUUCUUGUGAAGGGCUUUAGCCGCCAGUCUUCACUCCUAUUCAAGAUUCUCUCCAGUGUUCGGAAUCAUCAGAUCAACUCGGAUCUGGCUCAACUACUGUUACGACUGGAUUAUAACAAAUACUACACCCAGGCUGGUGGAACUCUGGGCAGUUUCGGGAUGUGAGAAUUUCUGACUCAUAAAGUGAAAUAAGCCAAUCCCACCACAUUCCCAAGUCUGUAAGAGAAGAUUCAAAACAAAUAUCCCAUUCUCCAGCCACGUGCCAAAUGUCUGCAGCCUAGUGACAGGGCGCUACCUUUUCUCCUAGAAGCAAUUACUGAAUAUCCAGGGGUACAAAUCCUUCCUGUCAUUCUCACGUGGAAGGAUUGUCUGUCCCACUUUGGGAAGGUUCUUAACUCACCCAUCAGGGUGAAUGUGUGGCAUCAGCUAUUCCUGUGCUGACCAUGCAUGGGCUCUGAUCCUUUACAUCGAGAACACCUGUUGGAUAUGCUCACGUAUUCAACAUUUACUGAGCACCUGCUGUGUGCCCAGGUACUGUUCAAGUUGUGUGGAAGAUACAGCAAUAAACAAUAUAGAUCAGAAAGUUAAAUAUUUUGUGUUCAUAUGUGAAAAAGGAAUUAUGUUUAUAAAUAGGCCAGCUGCUGGAUGUUAGCACUGAGUGAGAAAGGAACAGGUAAAAGAUAGGCUUUCCUUCUCUCUACACCAAGUAAUCUAUACCUACACAGAUUAUCUUUUCUCCCUCAGAAAUUUAAGAUUUCUGAAGA